CUGUGGGCGGGGCUUGGUCGCACCGCCUCUGGGCCUCAGCCUCUGUCAUUCCCGGGCGGAUUGUUUGUUGUCAAAAUGGAGUUCUUACUCGGCAAUCCGUACAGCACUCCUGUGGGCCAAUGUAUAGAGAGGGCCACAGAUGGAGGCCUACAGAACGAGGACUGGACCCUCAACAUGGAGAUCUGCGAUAUCAUAAACGAGACGGACGAGGGGCCGAAAGACGCCAUGCGGGCACUGAAGAAGAGACUCGGUGGCAACAAGAACUACAGAGAAGUGAUGCUGGCGCUAACGGUAUUGGAAACAUGUGUGAAGAACUGCGGCCACAGGUUUCACGUCCAGGUGGCCAACAGAGAUUUCAUCGACGGCGUGUUGGUCAAAAUCAUCUCCCCUAAAACCAACCCUCCAACCAUCGUACAAGACAAAGUGCUGUCACUCAUACAGGCCUGGGCUGAUGCCUUCAGGAGUAGUCCCGAUCUAACUGGCGUGGUCCACAUUUAUGAGGAACUGAAGAGGAAAGGCAUCGAGUUCCCAAUGGCAGACCUGGAUGCACUGUCUCCCAUCCAUACACCACAGAGGGGUACACCAGAGGUGGACCCAGCCAUGAUCAAGUACCUAGCUCCUGUCUCACCUGCUGCUGGGACUCCUAAACCUUCCCCAAGCCCUCCCUCUGUCACACAGGUCCCCCAGGUGCCCAGCCCCAUCACAGCAACCCCUGAACAGAUCGCCCGGCUGCGCAGUGAGCUGGACGUAGUCAGAGGAAACACCAAAGUCAUGUCAGAGAUGUUAACAGAGAUGGUCCCUGGCCAGGAAGACACCUCUGACCUGGAACUGCUUCAGGAGCUGAACAGAACAUGCAGGGCUAUGCAGCAGCGAGUGGUCGAGCUGAUUUCACGCGUCUCUAACGAGGAAGUCACCGAGGAGCUGUUGCACGUCAAUGACGACCUCAACAACAUUUUCCUGCGAUAUGAGAGGUACGAGAGGUACAGGUUGGGUAGAGCCGCACAGAACAACGGGAUGUUGAAUGAGGCCACAGAGGACAACCUGAUAGACCUGGGCCCAGGUUCCCCUGCCGUGGUCACGCCCAAAAUCACCUCCAGCCCUCCAACUCGCCCCAACGUUGGGGCCACUGCCUCCCCAGUCCGUAACCCCACUACUACAGCCUCGCUGUCCUCUGCACUAGCUGGUCUUGAUGUGGCUUCAGACAGCGUGAGCGGUACCCUGACCUCUCUAUCAGGCCGCAAUCAGGAUGACUUUGACAUGUUUGCCCAGACCAGGACCAGCUCUCUGGCUGAACAGCGCAAAAAUGUAAAGUAUGAGGACCCUCAGGCUCUGGGCGGCCUGGCCUCGGCUUUGGAUGUGAGACAGCAGAACACAGGAGGGCUGAGGGUAAAAGGGGAUGAUAACCCAGCAGAUCAGGAGCUGCCCAUAGACAGCUGGCUUAUUACCCAAGGAAUGAUCCCCGUAUCGCAGUCCUCUGUCAUGGAUGACAUAGAGGAGUGGCUCUGUGCUGACGUGAAAGGGGAUGCUGCAGAGGAAGGGGUGACCAGUGAAGAGUUUGAUAAGUUCCUGGAGGAGCGAGCAAAGGCAGCGGACACUCUGCCAUCUCCCCCCGGAGCUAACCCUGCUCACCCUGCCCGUGCCCCUGGUGGUUCCCACAAGAAGGCCGAACGGACGGAGGAUGCCCUCUUUGCCUUGUAAACUGUUCUCAGAGGACUUCGAUCUCUCCUCCGCGGCAUCUUAAAGGUCCUUGCCCCGAAUGAUUCCUCCCAAACAGUCCAUCCAGUCCCAUUUCAUCGCCGACUGCGAGUGGUGUAGCAAGUGAUCUUGUCAUUCUCUUGCCACCGUGUUGCUCUAACAUGCAGAGGUCCAACGUGUUUACUGCGCACAACCGUGUUGCGCUUUACUAUAUAUGGAUGUUAUUAAUCUGUUAGUGUGGGAUGUAGUACUCGCAGCCCUGCAUCUCAUCUGUAACAUGCCACAAAAGGAAGAUAGCUCAACUUUGUCUGAUGUGGUUUUAAAAAUGUGGUAUAUUACUGCAAGAUUAAUGGAAAAAGUUCACUGCAUUGAGUCAGUAUGAAAGCAUACAAUUAGGAUUAUAUUAUGUUGUUUAACUACAUUCAGCUAAUUGCUAAUUUAUGCAUUUAUUGUUUUGUUCUGUACUCUGUACUAGCGCUGUGGUUAUGGUCGAUCCAUGGAUUAUUUUCCCCCCACACAAAUACUCCAGUUGGAGGUCUAGUUAUGCUUCUAAUACUGAGAUAUGUGUGGAAUGGCAACACGUUGUAUUAUCCAAUUUGCCUGCAGCAGUGCGGAGAAAAGACUUGCGUAAUCUAGAGCUAAUGUUGACGAGUGUAUGCCAGCAUUCCUUUAACCAAAGGGAAUAAAACACACAAAAAAAAUCUAGUUAGAAACCUGUUUCAAAUAUUUCAAAGUGGAAGGAACGUGCCCGUGGAAUAUUUCCCAUCAGUAUUUUCAGUCCUCUGAAACGCUACAACAGAUUAGCUGAGAAAAGCGCGCGCUUGAAGAAACACUUUUAGCCAUUCCAAAGACUAUAAAGGCUUUAAUGACCAACUAGCACUGAAUUUUACCUUGUCGAACAAUAAUCGAGUUCAUGUGUUAGAAAUGUUUAAGGGAUCAUGAACGUUUUACUUCCCCUGCUACAUUAUGUCUGUGCACUUUGAAGCAAAAACAAAUCUGUAUUUUGUCCUUUGUGUUUACAAGAUGGUUACUAUUUUUCUAGGGGGACGGGAAAUGGUCUUUAGAUUGACAUCGUUUUGCACAUGAGUUUUCUAACUGUGUAACUGUAGAAGUGGGUUGAAGGAUUGUUCAAAUGGAAUAAAGAUGCAAGACAAAAUAUGGCAUUUAAAUGAUCAGCAUGACUUAACGCUGCCACCAUAAUCGACUAAAAAAAACAAAGUGUAUAGCUUACAGUAAUGCACUGGCAUAAAGGUUGUAUUCAUAUAGGUAGAUCUUCACUUAGUCUAUACUAUGUAAUCUAUAUACCUCAAAAUACAGAGAUUUUAUAUUUCUGUAUCUGGUUAAAAUGCAUUGGCUCAUAGUAAUAUCCAGAAGGCAGAGAGGUUCAUGUAUUAUUUGAUCCCCUGAUUGUAUUUUUAUAGUUCAUGUACAAAAGAAAAAAACAUGUUUGUACCCUCCAUCAUUGAUCUUUUUUGUGGUUGAAGCUGAAGCAAUGCAGCAAACAAACACGAUUGUACCGUCUUUGAUUUGUGCAGUCAAAGACGUACUUUCAUACUUUUUCUUUCUAGUAUGAGUCAUCUGCUCCCCGUCGGGAGCCGCUGCCAAGCAAUUUUCUGUGAUUGACUGAUUACAGCAAAGUAUCUCCGACUGGACUUUUGUCUUUGGUGUAGUUAAGAUUGCACUUGGCAAGAUUUUUCCUUCAGUCCAUUUAAGACCAAAAGCCCUGUCAAUCAAGGCAGUCCAUUUGAAUCUCCUCCCAAGUUAUAAAAGCCUAAUCAUGCAUCGGAUUUAUUGUUGAAGUCAGUAGAGGCCUUCCACUAGAGGGAAAUAUUUGUUAUACGUGUUAACAUAAAGGCAACGAUGGCAUUGAAAAAUGACGUGUGUCUAUAUAAUCAUUAUGAUUAAAUAUUUAAUUGUAUUUUAGUUUAGGCAAAUUAAUGAGCUUUAACUUUUUUUCUUUUUUUUUAACGCUGUAUGGUUAUAUAGGUUAAGUAUGGUUGCCAGGUAACUGAGAUAAUAGCGUUAAAUUUACAAUCACUUUGAAAGACUUUUUCCGUGCAGGCUGAACAAAGAGGAUUGCUUAAAAUUGUAACAGGACAUCCUUUUAAAGGGAACAUGAGUAUUUUCCUGUUUGUUGAGUUACAUAUCUGUGGAUCUGUAACAAAGUGUUUUGUGUUACCUGCUUUUAUGACGCUGAAUGCAACAUGUAUUCCUCGAAAUUCUGCCGAUCUCAAAAAUGGUUUCAUGAAUGUGUUGUUUUAAUGCCGAUAAUCUCACUGAUGUUUUGUGGACAUGGAAGAAAAAGGCUUGUUUUGUGUUGGCGAGUGUGCCAUGUCUUGUUUUUGGUUGUGCCGUCUGCUGCCAUUACUAAUGGUCAGAUUUUUUGUUUGACCUAAUGCACGUAUGUAACUGCCCAAUAAAACACUAGCAAUGUGUGACCUCUA